GGAGCAGGACAGUACAGGACGGUACAGGAGGAGAAUGCAGCACGGCCGGUACACUCGCACCGCCUGGUAUUAAUCCUGAUAUUGAGAUUAGAUUCCCUGGAUCGGAUCAUUCGCUGAUGGCCGGAUUGGCAGGAAGAUCCUGUUAGGCGGGUGGUUAUGAUCUGAAGGCCCUCGGCUGCAGGCACACAGGCGGAGGCCGAGAAACGGGAUUAAUACUGGAGAGAGAAAAACCAAACCCAGCAUGAGGACGUCCAAGAAAGGCAGUGUAGAGAUGCCAGCAUUCGUUCGUCAGCUGGUCAAGGAGACCGAGAAGCGGGUCACCUCCUUUUUCAAAGGGGGGCGUGGAGGAGGCGGGGGCGAGCCGGCGGAAGGCGAGGAGGCCGCCGAGGAGGAAGGGGUCAUACAGAGCCCUUACCUGGACCGACCCGUACUGGAGAAGUACAUGGAGGAGGGUUGUGCCUCCUGGGGCCUCACCUACGCCCUGGGUAGCAUGCAGGGCUGGAGGGCCCACAUGGAGGACUUCCAUAACUGUUACCCACAGCUGGGUGGAGAGCUCUCUCGCUGGGGGUUCUUUGGCGUCUAUGAUGGUCACGCUGGGAGCAUGGUGGCCCAACACUGCUCACGGAACCUGCUGGAGCACAUGCUAGGUACAGGUAAGAUCCGGGCAGAAGAAGAUGUGAAGCAGGUGAGUGAAGGCGUUCGGGAGGGUUUUUUUCUCAUGGACAAACAUCUCCACGCCAUGGCCUGUCGUGAGGGCUGGGAUCGAGGUGGCACCACCGUGGUCUCCACUCUCAUCUCUCCUCAACACAUAUACUUCGUGAACUGUGGGGACUCGAGGGCCAUCUUAUGCCGCGGCGGCCACGUGGCCUUUUCCACGGAGGACCACAAGCCGUUCAGCCCCGGCGAGAAGGAACGGAUCGAGAACGCAGGCGGCUCGGUCACCCUGCAGCGCAUCAACGGUUCCCUGGCCGUCUCCAGAGCUCUCGGCGACUUCAGCUACAAGGCGGCGGAGUGGCGAGCCGUCACCGAGCAGAUGGUCUCUCCCGAACCGGAGGUGUCGGUGGUGGAGCGCUCACCGGCAGACGAGUUCAUAGUGCUGGCGUGUGACGGCGUCUGGGACACGGUCAGCAACGAGGAGCUUUGUGCGUUCGUACGCAGUCGACUGCGAGUCUGCACAGAUCUGCAGGAGGUCUGCUCACAGGUCAUCGACCUCUGCUUAUAUAAGGGAAGUCUGGAUAAUAUCAGUGUGAUCGUGGUGUGCUUCCCUGGCGCCCCCCAGCUCUCUCCUGAGGCACUGCACCAAGAGGCAGCGCUAGAGGACUUCCUGGAGGCUAAAGUUGCUGAGAUCUUUGAGGAACUGAGCGGGAGAGGAGAUGAACCUGAUCUUCUCUCAGUACUGACUGUGCUGGCUUCUACUGUCAUACCGGGUCUACCACCAGGUGGCGGCAUUCAGAGCAAAAGAAACUGCAUCAUCUCAGCGUACUAUCAGCAGAAGGAGGCCCGGAAAGCAAGAUUAGCACAGGAACUUGGAUCUGUGGCUUCCACCUAGGGUCCUGAACGGCCCGAUUUAGAAGGGUGCACGCUGGUACACCGUAUCAUUUUCACAUGUAAAAAUGUCUUUUUUACGACCGCCAGAAAGAUCAUGAUCCUGGAUUAUAGUAUAGCAACAAUGAAUUCUGUUCUCCUGCUCAGAGAAACGUCUCUUCGGUGUAUAAUAAGUAAAGUUAAUGACAUAGGUCUCAUAGGUUCUGAUAUUUGUAGAAUUAUUUCCAGACUAAAUAUAUAUAUGUACGUAAACUCUCAGGUAACGUGUAAAAAGAAGAUUUUGACAUUUGAAGGAAAUAUUGAAGUUACAGUUUUCUAGUCCUGAACUUAGUCCACUUCACAAUUUUUAAACAUCAUGUGAGUGCUGUAUGGAUGCAGAUAUGCACCGACCAGGCAUAACAUUAUGAGCACUGACAGGUGAAGUGAAUAACACUGAUCAUCUCCUCAUCACGGCACCGGUUAGUGGGGGGGAUACAUUAGGCAGCAAGUGAACAUUUUAUCCUCAAAGUUGAUGUUAGAAGCAGGAAAAAUGGGCUACACGACUGGGUCAGAGCAUCUCCAAAACUGCAGGUCUUAUGGGGUGUUCCGUGUGCAGUGGUCAGUAUCUAUCAAAAGUGGUCCAAGGAAGGAACAGUGGUAAACCGGCGACAGCUGGAUCUGAUAGAAAGGUGUCAGAAUACACAGAGCAUCACAGUUUGUUGCGUAUGAGGCAGCAAAAGGGGGGCCAAAACAAUAUUAGGAAGGUGGUCAUAAUGUUGUGCCUGAUCUGUGUAUUUGUGGGUUUUUUAUAUUUGCACUGCCAGUUGAAAGUUUUUAAUCAGUGAAAAGAUGAGUGUGUUACGGUUACAGUCAGACUUUGUAUAAGCUCCACAGCUUUACAAACAUGUCUUUAUAAUGAAGUAUUUUCACACGUUCGACCACUAUUCAAUACAUAUUUAGGAAUAUAAUGAUGUACAUCAAGACUCUGGUGCUAAAACACCUCAUUGUCCAGUGUGAAAAUUGCACAUUUGAAUACUGAUGAUUCCACUGGUGCUGCACAACUAAUAUGUACUAUUACUUGUAUGGUAAAGUAAUAUGUGGUUUGGGACACAGCCAACAUUAACAACGUGGUUUAUGUGUAAAUAAUGUAAAUAUAAACAUAUUUUGAUCUGUUUGGUUUCUAUUUAAUGAACCACUGACAAUAUAGUGAUAUGAAAACAUGUGGACUAGGGGGGAGUGGAAACUUAGUGGUUAAGGUACUGGAUUAGUAAUCAGAAGCCACUGCCGCCACUGUUGGGCCCCUGUGCAAGGCUCCUAACCCCUCCAGAAUUGUAACUCGCUUUGGAUAAAUGUGUCUACUAAAUGCUACAAAUGAAAAUGAAAUAAUUUAGACAAAAUACUACAAUCCUACUUGUUUUUACCACUGAUGUGUAAACAUAGUUUGUAUGUUAGCUGUCCAGGUUGGAAGGGUAAACAGGGUUGUUUUAUACUUUGUGUAUUUAUAGAAAGUCAGAGAUCCUGGUAGUUUUAGAGUAAAUUGUAAAGCUAUUGGGUCAUAAUUGAACAAAAAGUGUUUAAAUAAUGACAGGAGCUUUAUGAAAAUGAGCUUAUUGCUUGUACAAAAACUCAGUUUAAAACUUUCGCCUGGCAGUGUACUGACCUAAACAUGGACCGAUCCGGUUCCUCAGAGGUUUCUUUCUGUAAUUUAAUCCGAUGUUUGCAUGAUGUGUAUUGUGCUGCCUUACUGACUCCUAUCAGUCGAUGCCAGUAGAUGGACAGUGUUGACAUUAAUGAUCGAUUUUCCUAUGUCUGUUAUCAAAUUAAAGCACUAUUGAAUAAUGUUAACGUGAAAUAAGCUUUGUGCAGAGUUUACACUUGUAUAUUAAUGACACUUGUGGUAAUUUGAAGGUCAAACCCUCAGUAAUAAAGAAA